CUUUUUAGAAAAGCCUCCCAUUGAUAAAAAAGUAAAGAGACACAGUAUCCACGGCAUGAUGGAAGAGGAGAACGUCAUCAGGCCCCACCAGGAGAUCGCGCAACUCUCCCUCGACGAGAAAAAGUUCCUGCUGGCAGUCGAAAGGGGAGACGUCGCUUCCACCAGGCGCAUGCUGCAGAGAGCGGAAGAUACGAGCUACAUCAACAUCAACUGCGUCGAUCCCCUUGGCAGAAGUGCCUUGCUGAUGGCCAUCGACAACGAAAACUUAGAAAUGGUAGAACUGCUGAUAGAAUACAAAGUAGAGACUAAGGACGCACUGCUGCACGCCAUCUCGGAAGAGUUUGUGGAAGCCGUAGAAGUUUUGUUGGACCACGAGGAGACGAUCCAUAAAAAGGGAGAACCGCACAGCUGGGAAGCGCUGCCUCCAGACACUGCCACAUUCACGCCAGAUAUUACUCCUCUGAUUUUGUCCGCCCAUAGAGAUAACUACGAGAUUAUUAAGAUAUUGUUAGAUAGGGGAGCCACCCUUCCGAUGCCGCACGAUGUCAGAUGCGGUUGCGACGAAUGUGUCACGUCUCGGAUGGAGGAUUCUCUUCGACACUCGAGGAGUCGCAUAAAUGCAUACCGAGCGCUGGCGUCGCCGUCCUUAAUAGCGCUCUCCUCCAAAGACCCCAUCCUCACCGCGUUCGAACUUUCAUGGGAAUUACGCAGGCUAAGUUUCAUGGAGCACGAGUUCCGGGGCGAAUACCAAGAGCUUAGGAAACAAUGUCAGGACUUUGCAACCGCUUUACUGGACCACACGAGGAGCUCUUACGAGCUGGAGGUGCUCCUCAAUCACGAUCCUACUGGUCCGGCCUUCGAGCACGGCGAUCGGAUGCACCUCAAUAGACUGAAACUUGCCAUCAAGCUUCGACAGAAAAAGUUUGUGGCUCACUCUAACGUUCAACAAUUACUGGCUUCCAUUUGGUACGAAGGUUUGCCGGGUUUCCGUCGAAAAAACAUGGUCCUCCAAGCGUUGGAGAUCGUACGCAUAGGAAUGCUCUUCCCGUUUUUCUCCAUUGCCUACAUCGUCGCGCCGCACUCUAUCAUCGGACAGACCAUGAGGAAGCCUUUUAUAAAGUUCAUCUGCCAUUCUGCAUCUUACUUCACAUUCCUAUUUAUGUUAAUACUGGCCUCACAGCGACAAUUAUUUUUCAACGGAGAUAACGAAGAAAUCAUUAUCCAGAGAGGUGCCAAACCGACUCUGAUAGAGUGGAUAAUCCUCGGCUACGUUAGCGGUCUUAUAUGGAGCGAGAUCAAACAACUCUGGGACGUCGGGCUCGAAGAAUACGUGCGUGAUAUGUGGAACGUCAUCGAUUUCAUUACCAAUUCCUUGUACGUAGCAACGGUGGCGCUGAGGGUGGUGUCUUAUUAUCAAGUAAGAAAUUGUUCUAGAAACAGAUUUCGUGUCCACCAAAAAUCGGAAAUUAUUUUGAGGAAGGACUGGGACGCCUGGGACCCAAUGCUGAUUUCCGAAGGCUUGUUUUCAGCCGCAAAUAUUUUCAGUUCUCUCAAGUUGGUUUACAUAUUUUCCGUAAACCCUCACCUGGGUCCUCUUCAGGUGUCUCUGUCACGCAUGGUCAUGGACAUCAUGAAAUUUUUCUUUUUAUACGUACUAGUUCUAUUUGCUUUUUCCUGCGGGCUAAAUCAGUUGUUGUGGUAUUACGCGGGCGCGGAAAAAGAAAAAUGUCCAGAUCCAGAGGACAGUUCAAAUUCCAGCGGCCCGGGCAGCGACUCCAAUGCGUGCACCAUUUGGAGGCGGUUCUCAAACUUAUUCGAGACGGUCCAGACUCUCUUCUGGGCGGUGUUCGGCCUAAUAGAUUUGGAGAGCUUCGAACUAAAUGAAAUUAAGAUCUUCACGCGAUUCUGGGGCAUGCUCAUGUUCGGCACUUAUUCUGUGAUAAACAUCGUCGUCCUAUUAAAUUUGUUGAUUGCGAUGAUGAACCACUCCUACCAAUUGAUAUCGGAACGUGCUGACACAGAAUGGAAGUUCGCCAGAAGCAAAUUGUGGAUAAGCUAUUUUGAAGAGGGCGGUACCGUUCCCCCUCCGUUUAACAUUAUCCCGACCCCUAAAAGUGCCUGGUAUGUGAUCCAGUGGAUGCGCAGAAAAUUCUGUGGCUCGAAGUCGGCUAAGAAAGAGCACAUGAGAACGAUCAGACGCAAAGUGAAGCAAGCAAGUGAACGCGACUUUAGGUAUCAGAGCAUAAUGAGAAAUCUGGUGCGGAGAUACGUCACUGUGGAACAGAGAAAAGCGGAGAAUCAGGGCGUGACAGAAGACGAUGUGAACGAAAUUAAACAAGACAUAUCGGCAUUUCGAUUCGAACUCAUCGAAAUACUGAAGAAUUCCGGAAUGAAUACGUCGACAGCUCACAGCGGCAUGGGCACAGGAGGCAAGAAGAAUCGGCAAAAAGAGCGGCGGUUGAUGAAGGGCUUCAACAUUGCGCCGCAACCUUCGGCUACCUCAACAUCCCUCCCUCCCGUAGCCGAAUUCAUAGCCUCACUCCAAGGACACCACAAUCCCAACCACCACGAAUUUUUCGGAUCCACCUUCUCCGGUAUCUUCAACUCGGUACCCAGAAAGCUUCACCACCACAGCAGUACGGUAUCGUCAUCGCAAGGCAGUAUUAACGAGAGUCAUAACAGAGAUCACCGAGGUCUAGGAAGGCUUCACCUCAAACGAGGCCACAUGCACAAAAGACGGUGGGGCACUUUGAUAGAGGCAGCAAAAACCGCGAAGAUGUCACGUCUCAUAGGAAGGUCCCGUUCGGAAGACUCGGUGUGCAACAAUUGUCACGAAAGUGGACAUAACCAUUCCCACAGCCAUAGCAACAGUCCAGCAUCCGAAGAGAAUGCUUCCAUAAGUCCGUCGGACUCGAAUCGCAGUAUCGAAGCGAAUGUCAAUAACCCGGAGCCGGAGCUCCACGGCUUGGCUCACGGACUCGCGUUGCUAAAGAAGAAGCGAAAAAAAUUCUCGGCUUCCAGAAACACCAGUCCUAUAGUAGUCCCUUCUAGUAACAUAAACGAAACUUUUACGAAGAAAUUUGCGUCCACCAAGAUACCGCAAGUGCUGAAGAGGGCUUCCAGCGUUCCCACGCGUGUACCAGAAGUUACCCAGACCGGCGGACAUAACAAAACUCAGUCCCAACAAGAUUCCGUCGAGCUGCCUCCUCCGGCCCAUGGCCUGACGCCUUCGACGACGGAGGAGAGCGUCGCUGCCGCCAGUCAGAAUAUCCAUUCCGGUAACACUUCAUCCAGGGACCUUUUGCUGUACAAUUCGUCGUCGAGCAACCAAGCUACCGGGUCCACACAAACUCCCGACGACGAAUUUAAGAACAAUUAUCCGUCUCUGCCUAAACUGCCUGGUAUUAUCCCCAUUGGAGGUAACACUAACGGUGGGUGGUUGUAAAACAGGCCUAAACGCGCGUUUAAUCGAUAUUAUCAGACCCGGUUUGGGAUUCUAUCGAUUACAUAUCGUGUAGUUCCGGAUGGGGUUUAGAUGUGCUAAGCUUGUCCGCUCUUCUAGGGAAUGUUUAGAGCGUGUUUAGUGGUGGUUAAAUGGGUUUAUAUGGAUUUGCUUGAUAACUAGACAUUCUAAUGUGAAGAAGAAAGUUUAAGUUUGUUAUAAAUUCAGCUUGAUAAUUGGGACUUGAUCCAACUAACAUUUAUAUGUUUUAAACUGAUAUCACGUAUAAAGAUAAUGGCCCCAUAUUUAUUUUUAACUGAGAGUAAGUUUUACAACACCUCGGAAAUAACGUUAGAAUAUUUUUAGAGGUGAUUCUGUAUGAAAAACUAGAAUAUUUUUUA